CACACACACGCACACUCACUCACUCACACACACACACACACACACAUUGAGCUCAGUUCAACAUACUUUCUGGCACGAAUGUUAAAGAACAACAUUGCCAAAGCGUCAUGAUGAAAAAUCGACAUUUUUACAUGACAGUUGCACAUUUAUUUUCCUCUCUGUGAGAGUUUUCCUUUCUGGACUCUCCUCUGCAGAGACGUGCGGGCACACAACGUCCCGGGACCCGCCUGGAACGGGACGGGAUGGGACCGGGAAAGGACCGGGACCGUGGACUGGAGGCUCCUCCUGUCUUGCUUGUCUGGCCCCGGGGGCUGCCCCCGGGUCUCGGCGCCAAAAACUCGGCCCCUGCGAACCACCGAGCUGCCUCGAUGUGCCCGGCACUCGAAGCAACACAACACUGCACACACACAAACACACACGACUCUGGGUUCUUCCUCUUGUCGCUGGGGGGGGGAGAAACAAGUCUUGUUUAUCAACACGGUGCAAUAGAACAGAUAUGGCUGCACAAAUAGAACCAGAAUAGACUUCUAUUAUCUGUAUGUGACCACUUUGCAUUGUGGAGUUUGAGGAGAGCUGGCGCAGCUCAGACUAACCGCCCAAAACCGUUCACACUCAGGGAUGACUAAAAGAUUUGUGUUAUUCCAAGUUAUUAAAUGUGAUCGGCGUGCGCAUUUACGCACGCAUGGAACGCUUUUUACGCAAUAUGAAUUGAGCUUUGUGGUGAUAGUUGAGAAAUAGUGAGAUUGUUUAGGGGAAAAAACAAAGAAUUUUAUCUCUGCUUGAACGAGUAUACCUACACAACAGUCUCAACGAUUGUAUCUGGUUUUGGCUGCUUCCCAGACAAACAUUACCAAGAAAGGCUCAGGAGUAAAGUGGUGUUGGUGGUGGGGGGGGGUGGAGGCAGGCAGAGAGAGAGAGGGAGAGAGAGAAAGAGGAGAGCAAAUGCCACAGAGUUUGGGGGAGAAACUCAUCCAAUUGUAGAAACUUUUGGCUCCUGUGGUCUGUGCAAAUGUUUUCCAAGUGUCCAGACGCGCUGAAGCCAAAAGCUCUGAUAGCGGACAGAUGUUCCUAAUUUUCCAGAAGAUGUUCUGCACCAUUCAGCAACCAGAAGAAAAAACAUAUAUAGAUACAUUAAAAAAAAAAAAAACCAUAAAAACGUAAGCUGUUCAUAAAAAUACCAGUCAAACCUGAAAGUAGCCAUGACCCCAUAACCUGUGAGAGUUUUGAAAAGCAAACUCCAGCAUGCACGCCCAGACUAGAGACCAUAUUUUAGAGAAGAACACACAUCUGUUACUGUGGCCUAUGUAAGAAGGUCUGAGUUGGGCAUCACCACAUUUCUGUGAAUGAGUCAGAGCCGCAGUCUUUGUUUUGGAGCGUUUGCAGCUGUGGGCCACUUGUUGUAGAGGAACAAACACAAAAAAAUAGGCAGCAGGCAGGCAGACACAAAAAAAAUCACCUGCAGAUAAACCUACCAAGUAUCCAAAAAAACAUGAAUCACAAUCACAGUCACCAAACCAAACAGUCACCAAAGGAAGCUGUUAGGGUUUCCUUUAUAUUCUCACUUGAGUGGGUCAUAAAGUCAAAGAUCUAGAUUCCAACAAACUUCUGACAGAUGUGUGAGAUUAUAUGGAGGCAAAAUGCUGAUUGGUUUGCAGGUGUCAGGUGAAAUUGCACUGUAGGCCAUACUGGGACCUUUGUAACCAUAGUUCUGUUAAACCACAGUUCUAGACAGUAUGUAAACUUGCAGUCAGCCACAGCAACAAUGCAGGUACAUCAGCAGUUCACUUGCUGCUGACGCUACCCUAAGCCUCAAGUCAAGUUUAAUUACAGCCCCAAAUCACACAUUUUCUCCACAGUACACACACUAUACAGUACCUUAUCUAUAGACUGAUUACAAACAACCUUGACCCACUCUGAUGCAUUUUAUACUGGGGCACUUGGUUGCCAAGACAUAAGGGAAGAUUAGAACAAACUAGCCUACAGUUUUUAAACGUUUGUGUGUAGUUAUUUAAGCUGUGGUUAAGUUUUCUUCUUUGGUAACAUAACCUGAAGUAUUUUUGUUGCUGUGGUUCGCUGCAGCUUAACAAACCAACCUGUGCACUGACUUAGAACCGUGGUAAAAUGUUCACUUUCAGGUGCCCCAGUUUAUGGCUUAAAUAGACGCCCACCAUUCAGCUGCAACACACAUGUUCCUUUAUAAUACAGUCCAAAUGUGAGGUGUAUAUGAACCGUAGUCUAUCUGAAAUAUUGCUGCAGUCGUUGGACUGAUUGAAUCGUGUAGGUUGUGACCUUCAUACGUUGGAUCUCUGUCGCCGUCUCUCCCACAGUGACGCGCACUCUUGGUGCAGGCAGAUGCAGCCACAGGCGUGCGCCAAAUGUACAGUUGAGAGUGUGGGAAAAAGAGGACAGUGUGAAACCCGCCAAGCCAUCAGAGCGGAGAGGCGGUUUGUAAAGUGUUACACAGAUGAGAUGAAGAAUGGGGGCCGCCAAACGGGGCCCCGAGAGAGGGAGGCUGAGACGCGUAUACCUGGUGUGGUUUCCACAUAUUUCUCUCUCCUUCCCCUCUAUCUGCCUAUCUCUGUCACUUUCACACGCAUUCUUUCGGUGUAGCUGUGUUUCUAUCUAUCUGUAUCUAUCACCACCUUUUUGCUCUCUCUCUCUCUCUCUCUCACACACACACACACACUCUCACAGUCACACACACACGCACAGGCGCCCAGUUCCCACGGUAGCGGGUGCAGCUGAGCGGCGCGUCAAUCUGCACACAGCGUCACCUCUUUUCAUUUGCAAAAAGGAAGUAGCGCAGGGCUUUUGUUAUUUGAAGUCCCACCGUCUAGUCAUUUAAAAAACAACUGGAAUAUAUCCGCAGUUUAUGAUUUAAACAGCCACCCAAUAUAAUCUCCCCCCUCGGAUGUGUUUUUAUAUGGCUCCCUUUUGGGUUUUUUUAUUAUUUAGUUUUACGCUUUGGUCCAGCACACACUGGCUCUGAGGUUUUAGUCAUGUAAGUUGUGAAAAGAUGCGUUCACAGUUGAACCUUGAGCCCUUACCCCUUAAAAAACUACUUGAACUUUAAACGCACCAAUAGCUCGUGUAUUUCAACGAUAUAACGUCAAAACAACACGUCUUCCUUGGUGAAGACAUUUUAUUUAUCCAAUUUCAUAUUUGUGCAUAAGUGAAGUGAUGUGUUCACUGGUUGUCACACUGCAGGGAAAGCUGGUUAAUGUAAAGCUCCAGCAGCAGCACAUGGCUGUCUACCGCACCCUCUCCUGGAUAGCAUGCCUUAGUAUGUCACUUUCUCAGCACCCAUGUAACAUGAAAUGGUGCUCGUGAGUCCAAAUGUGUUUUUUUUUUUUUUUUACUCAAAAAGACACUUUAAUGAACAAUUUAGACUAAUAUUAUGUGUAGUCCACGAACCAAUAGUCAGAUUCUGUCAAGAACUGUUUUCCUUGGGUCGUUCACCUUCCAAAAUAAAAGUCUAUUCGCCAAAACGUCAUGUUUUAAUAUUGCGUAAAAUAACCAGUGUCAUAGACGUGUUUUUGGAAAAUGAGAUUUUUCUAAAUACGCCUCCAGUUGGUUUAUUGCUCAGCUUUGCGUGAAUAAAAUUCCUGCUGAUGCUACAGUGACCGUUUCCAUCCCUGUCAAUGAGACGUGACUGACUUUUGUCUCGAGUUCCUGUUGAUGAUAAUCCAGUGGAUGAUCCUUUAAACAACCUGCCCGUUUUCUCAGCCGUUUACAGCCCUGCCAGCACCUCGCCUCUGGCUCCGAGUCCACUUCCUGGGGUCGGCUACAGGAGAUCGGAUAUAGAGCUCUCUAUACAUAAUAUUGCUGCGGGCGGCUUGUUUAAUAUUUCUGCAGCAACAAUUUGGCUCCCCCCUAACCCACCCUCGGAAGACCACGCCCCCUCCCUGCCAUAUUCACAGGAACACUGGUCCCUCCCCCUAAACGAGCCGGCAGCCUAUAACCUCCCCGGGUUUCCGCCCAUUCCUCCACAGUUGAUUCUUUGGGAAGGUAUUGUCAUGCAAAUAAAGGACGCGUAAAAUAUUCCCCCAGAGCGCAGCGCAGGGCAGAGACUCACACGGACCGCACGGAGGACACAGACCGGGGCCACACGGUGGAUUUCUAUCGUUUUCGUCGCUACGGACCCGUCCAUCUGUCGCAGACACCCCUGGCCACAUGAGCAGCGACAAUAACCGGGACGUGUAACCGGGAAACAGGUCGGACCGUUUAAGGAAAAAAAAAAAGAAAAACCUGCGGGGGACCCAGCAACGAGGAGGAGGCUGCCCUGUGGAGAUAAGUGGUCGUGCUCCCCAUUUCCCCUCCUCCCAAGCGAAGUCGGAGGUGUCUCUCUUCUCCAUCCCCUGCGAUAGGCUACCUGCUGCUGCUACAGAGGAGAAACUACAUCUAGAGGCUCCUGGAUCGCUUGAGAGCACCCUUAAAUGUUCUUAGGGAUUUUAGGAUCUCUCAUUUAUUAACAUUUUUGCACACCGAGUGUGUUAUUUUCCUCUCUUGUCCUUUUUGGGAUAUAUACAGUGAUCUUUUUUUCUUCUUUUAGUACUUUAAAGUGCCUUAAUAACUGGUUCAACUCCAGUAACUGUGGCAUUGUUACCAGACCAGAGACGCUCAACAGGGAGAAGACUUUAUUAUCAGCUUUAGAGCCCGGGCAGGAUUACUGGUUCCCACCACCACCACCGUCCCAGCGAGCUGCAACCAUGAGCCAGGCGGAUGUGUCGACUUGCUCCGCGCCGCAGAGGGUUUUCCAGGAGGCGGUGAAGAAAGGCAACACCAAGGAGCUCCACUCGUUGCUGCAGAACAUGACAAACUGCGAGUUCAACGUCAACUCCUUCGGGCCGGAAGGACAGACGGCCCUCCACCAGUCCGUCAUUGACGGGAACCUGGAGCUGGUAAAACUGCUGGUGAAGUUUGGCGCAGAUAUCCGGCUGGCCAACAGGGAAGGGUGGAGCGCUUUACACAUCGCCGCCUUCGGGGGCCACCAAGACAUUGUGCUAUACCUCAUCACCAAGGCCAAGUACUCCUCUGGCGCCCGGUGAUCUGCCUCUGCUGUCAGGUAAAAAGUAAAAAGAAAAGAAAAACGAGAAAAUAACGAAUAACAAAACAGCAACAAGUGGAAAAUAAAACUGCAACACACGGGAAAGCCAGGCUCUUUAAAAAAAAGAAAAAAGCAAGAAAACUGCCAUUAUCUACAUAGUUGUGCCAAAUUAUAUUCAAAAGGAAAUACAUAAUAGGCCUGCACAAUUAUCUUCCCUCACUGUUAAAACCAAACGGGGCCUCCUCUGCACUCCUGAGCGAAGCACCGCAUGGUUUCACACACUGGCUGCGCUUCAAACACGAAUCUUUUUAACAAAAAGAAAACGCCAUUCCGGUGAGUUUGUUGGUACUAAAGCUUUCCUCUUGAAUGUGUAAACUAGAUCGUGUCGUCCACUAUUGAAAAGAAGAAGAAGAAGAAGCCGGUCUCUUGUGUAUCACAUGUGUGUGUUUGGACUCCAGAGUGCAGAUGGCCCAGUUUUUUCUCUCUCUCUCUCACUCUCUGUCUCUCUAUCCAUGACCUCCCAUCGUCAGUUACAGUUGAAUAGUUUCUUUGUUGGGGGGGCAGAUCAGAUUUGACCUGUUGCUCCUCAUUGUUCACUUGUAAAAACCCUUCUCCCUUCUUUUUUUUUUUUUUUUAAGUUAUUUUAUGAUGAAACACGGCACUUGAUGCUACAGGCUAUAAAUGGCUGCAUGCUGGAAUAUCUGAAAGGGAAAGACACAUGAACAAGAGAAGAAGGGUUGCCCUCUGUUGGCUACCAGAGGUCUAUUUUCUUUAAUAAAUUCAUUGAUAUUUUUUUUUACUCAGAGAGCGGCAUUAAGGCUAUCCAGCACGCUUUUCAGAUGUGUAAUCAUUAUGUAACAACAACUGACUUCAUCAAUGUUGUGAAGUACUGUACACAAUAGCUUUAUUUUCUUUCUUUUGUGUGUGUGUGUGUGUGUAAGUAAAAAAGAGACAGUAGCUGAAUGCGCUGUGCCUACUGCAAGCAGAUCUUGCCAUGCUGGCGUCCAACUUUUUUUUCAGGCCAGUGCGACCACUUUGCCAAUGGUCAUUGUUGUGUUACUAAAAGAAAAAAACCGCUGCUUUCGCUUUGUAUCAAAAAAAAAAAAACAUUUGGAAUUCACUUUAUAAUCUCCUUUCAGUAUUUUAUUAACAUCCUAGUCAUCACUGUGAAAGCAGGCUGGGUUUUUUUUAUUUAUGAAGGUACAUUGAGAAGAUGCAUUUUUUUGAAUAUGUUGUGGUUCUUCUUCUUCUUUUUUAAAUCUAUGAGUGUAAGAAUAUCUAGGGGUGACUCAAGCUGCUUCAGACUCGUAGUAUAAACUGCCCCGUGUGGAGGUAGACCUGCCACUCCCCUCCUCACCCAUCACCACCACCAUAUCCCCAGAAACCUUCCCCCUCCCCACCCUCCCCCAAUCUUGACCCAUGUAGAAGACUUCCUCCUCCUCCUCCUCCCAUUUAAAAAAGGACUCUGUUUGGUUGCCUUUUGCCAGCUACCUCGACUAUAAAGUAUUCUCAAGUUGUUCAGCUCUCUCCACCACUCUGCCACGUUGUUUGUUUUUUUUGUUUUUUUUUUUGAGUCUGAAGAGAUUCACAAUUUUGUCUGUGAUCAUCCGCAUGCCAGUAUGUUUUUUUCUCUCUCUCUCUUCCUUCUUCUUCUGUGUAGCCUAACAGACAGACAGACAGACAGAUGGACUUCAGUAUACAGAAGAUGCAAUGAACCCAUCCCUGCAUCCUUAGUCGGGACAGUUUAUUUUUACACUACAACCAAACCAAUUCUGACGUGAUUUUUUUUCCUUUCUGCAAGGGAGUCUGUGGUUCUCUGUCUCUGUCACUGCCGUUGUUGCAUGUUUUCCCUAUAAACCUCCACCCCUCUCUCACUAUCUCUUUUUAUCAGCCUGUUUGGUCGUUUAUUUUUUUAUCUUUUCCAGUCAUACAAAAUAUGGAAUUGUAUCGCAUGACUUAUAAAUGCAGGGAGUUUUAUUGCACAAAAAUGCGGAGCCUUGUGCGCCCCCAGUGUUUGUACGGGGUAACUGCAGGAGCCAAGGCUUUGGAAUAGUUACUACUACUGAGCAGGACCCUAAUACUGUUGGACGAUGAAGACUUAGAACAACACAUGACUGUUGCAGGAUGUCACAGAAAAGGAAAACACGAAAAAAAAAAAAUUUGGUUCCACAAACUUGCCUGCUGCAUUUUAAAAGUCAUGGCACCCUAACAUUUGUAUCAAUGCUGCUUGUAUGUUUCCUUUUUUUUGUUAAAGUUGAUGUUUUUUUUUAAAGCCUACUGCUCAAAUGGCCAACAAACAGUUGUAUCAAAUCUUCACAGCAGUACUGGCUCACCUCAUGAGAAGCUGCUGAGAGAAUGUGUGUUUUCUUCUUUUUGUUUUUUAAAUUGAAGUGUGUGUGUGUGUGUAUAUAUGCUUCUCAUGAGGGCCCCCGUGCCCCGCUGUGUUAAAAAACAGUCAAUCCAGACUGAGAACAUCCCACAAUUUAAAACCUGGAACAAACACAAAGUAACUGAAGCGAUAUAGACCCACUACAUCUUGGUAUAUACAUUGGUAUCAGGCAACAAAUGAAAUAUGCAUCGCUUGUCUUAAACUUGAUGUUUUUUCUUUUUUCUUUUUUUUGGUUUGAAUAUUGCACUGAUGACUGUUGUUGAAAAGUUGGCUUUUAUGUGUCGACAUUUAAAUUUUUUUCUGAAUAGAAAAAAAAACAAACACAACAAAAUACUAUUGUAUAAAUAUAUGCUCCAGGUGAUAAUGUCCUAAUGUGUGUGUUACUUUGUGAAAGAGACAUGAUGUUUUUUUUAACAAAGAUGCGUGUAUCUCUGUGAUUGGGUGUAUGUAUAUAUACAUAUGGAUAUAUAUAUCAACGCUGAUGAUGAGGACGAUGAUGAUAUCUUGGGGCACUUUCUUUUCUGAAGUGCUGUCUUCCUGUUUGUUUUGAAAGGGGAAUAAUACAUUUGAUGGUAAGAUCAUUGUAACAUGAUUAAAAAAAUAUUGCACGGUUGUGUGGUUGUUUGGCUUACCAGGGUCAUAACAUUUAUGACGUAAGGAGCCAGCUGCCGGAUUGGUGUACAUGAGUUGAGAUGAUUUUUUUAAUUAAAUUUUUUUUUUUUAAGUGCUGACUUCUUUGGACCAAGUUGUGUUUCUGGUCUUGCUUCAUUUCAAGCAAGGGGGAAACAGCUGAUUUUUCAUGAGUGAUGCAGAUGUUCCAUCAUGUUUAAUUUUUUUUUGUUUGUUUGUUUGUAUUCUUUUAUUUUUGAACGUUUGUAACACUGUGAUGAUGACGUGAUGUCAUGUGGAGAUGAGUGCUGUAUUAUUUUUGUACGUUUGUGUACAAGCCAGUAAAGAAAAUCAUUAAACUCAAAAUUCACUGUG